GUUCUGCAGUAAUUCAAUUCAGUUCAAUUCAAGUUUAUUUAUAUAGCGCCAAAUCACGACUAGACUCGUCUCAAGGACCUUCACACAGUAAACAUUCCAGUACAGGUCAGGUCAUUAAGCCAAUCAGUAAAAAGUUUCCUAUAUAAGGAACCCAGCAAAUUGCAUCGAGUCACUGACUAGUGUCAGAGUCUUUACAGCAAUCCUCAUACUAAGCAAGCAUGUAGCGACAGUGGAGAGGAAAACUCCCUUUUAACAGGAAGAAACCUCCAGAGAAUCCUGGCUCAGUAUAAGCAGCCAUCCUCCACGACUCACUGGGGAUGGAGAAGACAGAGCAGACACACACACACACACACACACACACACACACACACGCACGCACGCACGCACGCACACACCAAGUAGUGUUUCUAUGGUUACAUUGUGAUUUCUUAGUAAAUAUUCUGUUUGGCGAGAGAUAAACUUCAUUGUAUUUAUCCUAGUGGAUCUAUAAUUAAACGGGUAAACUAGUAGUAGCACAUUCAAUGUCAAAGAGAGUAAAAUGUUAUUAUCAGGAGAGGGAGAAUGUUUAAGUGUAGUGACAACAGAUAAGGUGGCACAAUUUCUGCUAGCGACCUGAAUGUACAUACAAGAACCUUGACCCCAAUGCAGUGUUUUACCGUAAACCACCGCAGUGCGUGUAAUACUGGAGCGAUGCUCUCCCAUUUGUUCACUCUGGUAAGGAACCUCGCUGCAGCGUUCUGAUCCCUCUGCAGCUUUGACACUGUGGAAGUAUAAUAUACCGGUAAAAUAAAAUCUAUUAUAUUUCUAUUCGUAAUGGAAAAACUAUGAAAAAACAACCAAAAACCUUAGCAUGAACACCACUGGGAACACAGCGACUUCAGAAGUUAAAAUGAAUUAAAAGCCAGAUUAAGAUAAUUGGUCUUAAGGCGAAUUUUUUUAAAGUGAUCAGUGAUGUUUGACAGAGAGUUGGAGAUCAUUUCAAAGCUUAGGACUGUAAACUGAGAAGGCACGUUUACUUCCGGUUUUACGGCGUGACUUUGGAACGCAGAGGAGCAAGUGUGUGGAAGACGUGAGGGCGCGAGACAGUCCUUAGGGACAAAACAUUCCUGAGCGCAGCCAUUCAAGGAUUUAAACCCAAAUAAGAGAACCUUAAACUGAAGUCUAAAACAAACUGGGAGCCAGUCCUGAGAGCGGAGAACAGGUGUGAUGUGUUUACGCCCCUCUGUAUCUGUCAAAAACCUGGAUGACACGUUCUGGUCUAACUUGAGGUGAGGAAUGGAAGUUUUUUUUUACACCCAUCAGGGAUUCGUCUGAGUAGUCCAGUCUGAAGUAAUAAAAGCAUGGAUAACAGAUUUGAGAUGCCGUUUAGGUAAUACUGGUUUGAGUUUGGUGAUCCGUCAUAAUUGAAAGAAGCGGGACUACGCUAUGGAGUGGACCUGAAGGUCCAUAGUAAGGGAUUAAUCCUGAGAUUAGGAACUGAGCUACUGAGAUGUAAACAAAUAUAGCAAAUGUCAGGCAGUGGCGCCAUUGUUUGCAGUUGGAGAAGAAAAAAAAGAACCACCUCUGUUUUAGAAUCAUUUAGGUGUGAAACACUGGCAGCAAGCCACGCCUCAACAUCCAGAAAGCAGUCAACGACAGACUAAAGGGAUGCACUGGAUUGGAAAAGAACAUAAAACUAUAAUUCAUCAGCAUAGGUGCCAUGCUUCUUGAAGAUGUCCCCAAGGGAGACAAUACAUAACAAAAACAGAAUGAGCCCCAGCACAGAGCCUUGUGGGACCCCCCAUCAAAGAGGGGCUGACAUCAAGUCUUCCCUCCAGUUUGACACAGAGGCUACAGUCAUGCAGAUACAACCUAAACCUAUUCAGUGAAGAGCAAGUUACGCCCACCAGCUUCUGGAGUUGAGUUAACAGGACGCCAUGGUCGACUGUAUCAGAAGCGGCGGACAAAUCCAUGAGAAUAAGGAGGACAUUGUGGCCAGAGUCAGUCUCCAAGAAAAACGUUGUUUAAAACCUUAAGGUGCUGUGUUGCAAUCUGAAACCUGAUUGAAAAAUGUUCGUGAGGUUGGUGUUUUUUUAAGUGGUUCACAGACUGUAUCUGAACUGUCAAGGCCGGGAUUUUUCAAGACUGGCUGGACAACCACAUGCUCAAAGACAUGGAGCACCACAGCAGUUGUUAAGCUGGCAUUGAAGAUGGCAAGGACAACAGGACCAAGAGCUGAAACGGUCGAGGGAUGUCUGAGUUUCCCUCUGGGAUCAAGAGAAUUUGAUGCAACUUCUCUCACUUCUCCUAGAUAAUCCAGGCGAUACCACCCAGUCAGGAAAGAUGAACACCAGUAACUCCACGUCCUGUGAACCCGUUCACCCAACAGCCCACAUAUUCUUUAUAUCCAUCUACAGUCUGAUUUUUCUGGUGGGACUGUUCCUUAAUGGUUUCACGCUGAGGGUUUACUUCUGCAGACCCCAGCGCCGGGCGUCCAGCAGUGUCACCAUCUACCUGAAGAACCUGGCAGCCUCAGACUUCCUCAUCAGCCUCUGUCUCCCCAUAAGAAUCAUGAACUACGCCAGCAACUCCGUCGACAUUCGGCUGGUCUACUGUAACUUUGGUGCUUCUGCCUUCUAUCUCAACAUGUACGCCAGCAUCAUGUUCAUGGGCUACAUUGCAGCCAACAGGUACAUAAAAAUCAUCCACCCUCUAGGGAAUCACACCCUGCUGAAAACCAGGACUGCCUUCAUCAUCUCCAUAGCAACCUGGAGUGUCCUUGUGGCUAUGACCAUUACCUACAUGAUCCUCUCGCUCAGUACCCAGGAGCGUCAGGACCAUCUUCCAGGAAUGGUGAGCUGUGAUGUCCUGCACAGUAAGCAGCUCAACGUCCUGUACAAGGUCAUCCACUGCUUCUCCGGCAUCAUCUUCAUCUUCUUCCUCGCGUCGCUGGUUUACCUUUACAACAGAACCUCCCACAGGCUGGCACAGGCCCAGGAGAACCAGCCAGCAUCCUCCAGCUCCAAGAAGCUGGCCAAGUCCCGCAGAAACAUGCUGGUGCUGGUCAGUGUCUUCUGCGUCUGCUUUGUCCCCUACCAUCUGGUUCGUCUUCCCUACGCCUUCAUGAAACACAUCUGGUGCUCCUUCAGCUGGUUCUUCUACCUGAAGGAAAUGACUAUUGUGGUCUCAGUUCUCAAUGUUUGCCUGGAUCCCCUCAUCUACUUCAUCUUCUGCAAGGCGUUUCGGGCCCAGAUGAGCCUGAAGCCGGAGUCAAACACUGUGCAAGUCGCAUCAGAGGCAACAGUCAUGGAGAGGAGGAGCAGCGAAGGGCGGCAGAGCUUCCUAAAGAACCCGAGGAAGCUGUCGCUCCCCCUGAGCACCAGUCCCACUGACGUGCUGUAGCUCACACUGACUGACGGCUUCUAUAAUACCUGUAAAAAGACCAGUUUAGAGAAGAUCUUCAGAUGGAAUGGGGUUUCGCCUCACAGGGAAUUGGGCAGAAUUCCUCUUUAACUAUGGAUAGACCCUAUCCCUGUACUGAAAUAAAUCCACAGUCCCAUAGUGGAUACUUGUAAACAGAUCUUUUAAAGACUUUUGAGCCUCGAUUCUUCCCCAGCAGGACUAAAGAUCUUCACAAACUUUGUUCAGGUCUUAAAAACCUCCAUAAGUCCUGGAAUUCCUCGAGAGAAUUCCCAUCACUCUCUGCUUUUCAGCCAGAGUUCUAAAAAGGAACCACGUGACGAUGAGAAACGAUGGGGGUAUAGCUGUUUGAUCAAAUGUUGGGAAGUGAUCUGUUAGCUCUCUCAAGCUAAUUUUAACGCUGUUUGCUGCAGCGGACAUGUUGGAUGGGGCUGACUCCAAACACGUUUUUAUCCAGUCAGUCCGCGCCGCUCCAGCCUGGCCGGCAGCCCGGUGCACCCGGUCACGUCCGUGGAACAUAAACGUCGACCACUCCGACACCAGAAACCAUGAACGGUGUCCUCGUUCGCACCUCACCCUGAAUCAGCGUCUCCUCUCUGAGCCCACCAUUAAAUUACACAUCUCACCACUAGGGGACACUCUAUCUUUACCACACUGGUGGUGUGAUGACAACGACCAAGUUUAAUGCUACUCUGACUACGUUUUUUGAAGUUAUUGAAGGUUAAAGUUAUCUAGGGGGCGCUGCGACCAAUUACAGAAAAAUCCCAUUGAGGUCAGCUUGGGUUGACAAAGGUGGUUUUCUGUUAUUUUGGCACAAAUCAGACGUGUGUGUUGUCUAAAGCCAGGGAGCUGAAAGGGGGUGGAGAUAAAGGGGUUUGAACCAACAACCACAUCAAUGUGUUUGGUGCAGUCAUGUGAUGACCUAUCUAGGGGGACCUAUCUAGGGGGCGCUGUGACCAUUUACAACUAAAUCUCAUAGAGGUCAUCUUUGGUCAUCAAAGAUGGUUUCCUGUUAAUUUGGCAUCAAUCGAACGUUGCAUGGGCCAUCUAGAGGCAAAAAGCUUUAAGUGGGCGGAGUUAAAGUGAUUUGAACGAGUGAGAACAUACAUGUGUUGAUUGCAGUUGUGUGAUGACUCCCACCAUGUUUGAUAUAGUUUGGAGCUUUUUGUAAAAGUUAAAGGUUUUAUUGUAUCUAGGGGGCGCUGUCCCAAAUUUAGGAACAUAUCCCAUGGAGCAGUUUGUAGGUUCACAACAAUCAUUUGCAUGUAGUUUGGUGUGAAGUGCAUCAUGCAUGUGUUAUUCAGGGCCUAAUGUCUCUCAGGGGGCGGAGCUAAAAUGAUAUCAACAAAUGACCACAGGAUUGUGUUGGGUGCCUUUGUGUGAUGACACAUAGCAAGUUUGGUGCAGUUACAACCUCGUCUGUUGGAGUUAUUACAGUUUUAAAGGUGUGUAGGGGGUGCUGUGGUGAUAUUAUACAACGGUCACCAACCGUUUGUGCCUCAUUGGCUAAAGGGCAUGAUUGUUGAUUGCCAUGUUCAGUCUCGUGCAGUUCGGAGGUUGUUUGUGGAAGUUACAGUCAAACGUAAGGUCACGGCGUUACCCCAGAAUUCACCAUGGCAUCAAAGCCCCUCCCUAUCUGGAAAGCUAUCAGAACUGAAUGGUCAUUACAGCAUCAUGAAGACAGUCUAUGAUGUUAGAGUCAUGUUGACUAAAUUAGAGGGGGCGAAUAUGGGCAUUUCACCACCAGUGUUGGGAGUAACGCGGUACAAAAGUAAUUACCGUAAUUACUGUAAUGCAUUUGCUGUAAUGUGGUAAUGUAAGGCAUUACAGGGAAAGAAAAUGGUAAUAUUUACUCGGUACAGUUGUCAGUAACGCGGUAAUUACAACGCAUUUUUAAAUCCAGAAUCAAGAUGUGGGUUUCUUAAAAAUUAAAGCCCAAAAUAAAGAUCCGGCAUCCACAUAUAUGACGUCAUUUAUGGACUCCGCUUUGCGGGCAUUCUAUGAGCAGAGAGGACGCAGCGGUAAUGGCUCAAAUACUCCAGCUGCGUCCUGCGCGCGGCCGCUGCUAUGUUCAUAAAAUCGCUCCACCAAAACAAAAUAAUUCACUUGCGAUCGUUCAUAUCAACCCAUAUUCUCUGUACUUUUCUGAUGUGCUUUGCCUCAGCUGAGUUCAUAAUCUGUGCCCUCGCCCGGUGAUUUCCACUCAUUGCUGCUGGAGCGCAGUGCAAAUUAAGCUUUUUUUUUUUUUUGCAUUCGGUAGAUCCUUUUGGCUGAUUAGUUAGAAAGUAGGAAAUCUAGGAAACAGUUUUUUCUGGAAGACGGAGAAAACAUGCAGCAUGCAGGAAGGUUAGGGAGAGAAAGGGCCGGAAAUUAUUCAAAUAAAACCAAGAAAACAAAACAAAGUGCUUGAAAAGAAAAAAAAAGUAUGUAGAUUUAUCCCCAGUACACAUUUUUACCAGUGAAAAGCAAUAAUAUAUAAGCAUUUAAAACUUAUACAUGUGAUAGAAUCAGAUCACCCGAGAAGUCAUUCCCACAUCCAGGGCCGUAUCAAGGCAUUUGGGGACCAAGGCAAAAUAGGCUUGGAUUCCCCACCACCUCACAUCCUGCUGAGUUAAUCUAAGAUGGCAGCGUGCUGAGAGUACAGAUUGUUGUUGCUUUUAUUUAAUAAACAAUCAUUUUAAAGAACUGUUUUUAACAGCAAUCCUAGCUCAGACACCACAUCACCUUCCUCUGCAUGUGUCAUGAGUUCACUGAGCAUCACAUGACCUGAUUCAUAUUGAAAUUGUUUUGGUGAAAGUAAUGCAAAAGUAGUGUAAUGCCUUACAUUUUAAAAUCAGUAAUAUUGUAAUGUAAUCAAUUACAUGAAAAUGAGGGUAACAAGUAAUAAAUAAUGCAUUACAGUUUUGAAGUAACUUGCCCAACACUGUUCACCACAAAACAAUAGACUUCCUGUUGUCAGGGGUCGGGGCUUAUGUGAUGUCAGCUAUCCACAUUGUCAUUGUCUUGACAUGUGGUCAGUGAUCACGUAGACAAAGUUUGAUAUAGAUCUGAUCAUGUGCAUGGAAGUUAUUACAUCAAUGAAUUUAGUAGCGAAAGGUCAAUGUUUGAGGCUUAGCCACGCCCACACCUUUCAACUUUUGAAAAAUCCGACGGUUGAAAAAUUUCCCCUUUUGUCUUAAGAGUAAAUAACAGAAGUUUGAAGGCAAUCGUUGACAAGGGCGAUGGGGCGUCACUCUCCAAACGACGUGUGCGAAAACCACUUGCGUGAUGUCAUUAUCCAACAUUCAGUUUAGUUUGUGGCUGGAUGUCAAAUGACCACAGAAAUUUUUGUAACUCUACUCUAUUCGGGUAUGAAGUUAUAGCCAUUUAUAUUUUUUUGGUGAGUAGUCAAACUUCGAGGCCUGGCCACGGCCCUUCAGCAUAUACAAAAAGACUGUUUUAUUUUUUUUCUAUUUGAUCGCCCAUCCCUUCUGAGGAAUUUCCCACAAAUUUAGACAAGACCGUGCGAAAAAUGAUCGAGUAAAUCAAUCAGAAGCGGACCCUAGAAACGGCCAUAAUGGGGUCAAAAUCACCACUUCAAACCAAAAUGGCCGACUUCCUGUUUUAUGUUGACCAUAGUUGCAAGAGGCUUUUCUGGUUGGACUGUUGAGUACUACAAGUGUACAAAAUUUCAUAACCGUACGACAAACAAAGUAUUAUGGGGGGGGUUCACAUUCUAGGGGGCGCUGUGGAGCUAGUUUUAUUGCGAUUUUUUUUUUACCUUGAAAAUACAAAUUUUACACCACGCCUGACAUGUGUGCAAAAAUUCCUGAGUUUUCGGGAAUGUUAAGGCCUCCAAAAAGCCAAUUUACUUGGCGGAAGAAAUAUAAACAGAGCAGAUACAAUAAAAAUCAAGUUACUCUCGAAAUAUUUCAGCUAAACCUUGCACCUUCGGUCUUCAGGUGCAGCAGACCUGAGCCUGGACUCUGGAGCACACCUGAGUCUGGACUUUAUGGCACACCUGGGUCUGGAGCACACCCAAGCCUGGACUCUGGAGCACACCUGAGCCUGGACUCUGCAUCACACCUGGGUCUGGAGCACACCUGAGCCUGGACCCUACAGCACACCUGGGUCUGGUGCACACCUGAGCCUGGACUCUGGAGCACACCUGAGUCUGGACUUUAUGGCACACCUGGGUCUGGUGCACACCUGAGCCUGGACUCUGUAGCACACCUGAGCCUGGACUCUAUAGCACACCUGGGUCUGGAGCACACCUGAGCCUGGACCCUACAGCACACCUGGGUUUGGAGCACACCUGAGCCUGGACCCUACAGCACACCUGGGUCUGGAGCACACCUCAGUCUGGACCCUACAGCACACCUGGGUCUGGAGCACACCUGAGUCUGGACUCUAUGGCACACCUGGGUUUGGAGCACACCUGAGUCUGGACUCUAUGGCCCACCUGAGUCUGGACUCUGGAGCACACCUGAGUCUGGACUCUAUGGCCCACCUGGGUUUGGAGCACACCUGAAUCUAGACUCUGGAGCAAACCUGGGUUUGGAGCACACCUGAGUCUGGACUCUAUGGCCCACCUGAGUCUGGACUCUGGAUCACACCCAAGUCUAGGCUCUGGAGAAAACCUGGGUCUGGAGCACACCUGGGACUGGACUCUGGAGCAAACCUGGGUUUGGAGCACACCUGAGUCUGGACCCUACAGCACACCUGGGUCUGGAGCACACCUGAGUCUGGACCCUACAGCACACCUGGGUCUGGAGCACACCUGAGUCUGGACUCUAUGGCACACCUGGGUUUGGAGCACACCUGAAUCUAGACUCUGGAGCAAACCUGGGUUUGGAGCACACCUGAGUCUGGACUCUAUGGCCCACCUGAGUCUGGACUCUGGAGCACACCUGAGUCUGGACUCUAUGGCCCACCUGGGUUUGGAGCACACCUGAAUCUAGACUCUGGAGCAAACCUGGGUUUGGAGCACACCUGAGUCUGGACUCUAUGGCCCACCUGAGUCUGGACUCUGGAUCACACCCAAGUCUAGGCUCUGGAGAAAACCUGGGUCUGGAGCACACCUGGGACUGGACUCUGGAGCAAACCUGGGUUUGGAGCACACCUGAGUCUGGACCCUACAGCACACCUGGGUCUGGAGCACACCUGAGUCUGGACCCUACAGCACACCUGGGUCUGGAGCACACCUGAGUCUGGACUCUAUGGCACACCUGGGUUUGGAGCACACCUGAGUCUAGACUCUGGAGCAAACCUGGGUUUGGAGCACACCUGAGUCUGGACUCUAUGGCCCACCUGAGUCUGGACUCUGGAGCACACCUGAGUCUGGACUCUGGAUCACACCCAAGUCUAGGCUCUGGAGCAAACCUGGGACUGGAGCACACCUGGGACUGGACUCUGGAGCACUUUAUUUUUUCUGAAGAUGCAGAAGUGCCUCGUGAAUCCUGCAUGACAGCAGCUUGUUAUGUUAAGUUAAUGGAGUUAAAAACUGUUACUAUGUUUACCUGACAGGUGGACACAUCUCAACAUGAACUAGCACACCUGUAAGGAGUUUACUGAACACGUUUUUGUAACUACAGGGAAGUGAGACUUCCUCUUCUGUGCUCUUCCCACAGUGUCGACGUUUCCUCCAAGAUAACCAAACUCAGAGGGAAGUUUCGUGUCAUUUAUGUAGAAUCAAACUGAAGGUUUAUUCAUGUGCUUUAUUAUAAAUGCUUCCUUAUUCUGGACAUUAUUUUAGAUUUUUGUAAAAUAGAAUUGUGUUGUUGACAUUUGUUAAAGAUAAAAUAAAUCAUCAUCUGACGUUCAUUUUUGAUUCACUGUGAGGAGAAUUUUACUCGUUUGUUUCCCGUCACCUUCAACGACAUAAUGGAAGAAAUAAAGUUAAAUAACUAAAAGAUGAAUGAAAGAAAAAUAAUGUAAAUGUGACAAAUUUAGGCCUUCUGUUUGUCGUAAAAGCAGAUCAGUGUGAUUUUAUUCAGGGCUCAAAAGCGCUUCACACUACAGCGAAUCAUUCAUCCAUUCCAUCCAAUCAUGGACUCCUGGAAACAGUGGAACUUGAUUUGUUUAUCUCAGCUGUCUGUGGAGGACUCUGAAGACGUGUGGAUAUUUGUGGUGUUGGUGUCGGGUUUUCUGCUCUUUGGCCUUGGAGGCUACCUGGCUUACCGGAAAAUUAACGAGCUGUCGAGGAAUAUUGGCCUGAUCCCGGAGCUCAGAGAUGGUUUUCACCGCGCUGUGAAUUCACAGACUCACAUGAUUGUCGAGAUGAAUCGUAAGCUUAGAACUUUGGCCGAGAUUCAUUAUUGGCACAAAAGAUGGAUGCCAUCAAGGAGAGAGUGGACGAAUCAGCAUGGAUUGGGAUAAAUUAAUGUCCAUUAUUGGGAUUUUGAGAGGGUGAGGACCAACAAACUGUAAGACAGAGAGGAAAUUAUCUCUGUCUGGCCCCAAAACUAUUUCUAAUUGGAAUCUGGCGCCCCUGAGCCAGCAAGGCUCCAACGAAAACUCCCCCUCAGAAGAUAUGUGGAAUGUGCCAUCGCUAUGGAAACUCAACUCUGUCUCCUUUCCCAGCCUGGGCGGGACUGCGGGAAGGCCGCUGAAAUGUUCCAGGGUCACUGAAACCCUCCAACCCUCAAUGCUCCUCCCCCUAUCCACACUGAAGUGACAUGUGCUGCUUAUCGUGGCUGCAGGAACUGAAGUGUCCCAACCCACCGCCCCACCUAGUGGACACUUGUGUUGUCUGAAGUCUGUUGCAUAUCUGUUGAGGUGUUUUUUUGCAGAGCAAAGCUGCCCUCCCUGUGGAGGGUAACUCUGAAGUACCUUUUUUUCCCUCCACCUGAACCAAUCCUCAUGUAACCCUCUUAUCUCUAUAAGGUAGCGCGACUCAGGGUUACGAAUGACCACAGUCACCAAUUCUUGUCAUGUGUCUUGCCCAUGUAUGUCUGAUCUCUGAAUUGUGUGUUCUGAAACUCUUAAUUUCCCUCUGGGAUUAAUAAAGUAUCUUUGAUUUGAUUUGAUUUGAUUUGAUUGAUAGGUCUGUCUAAAUUGUCCUUAGGUGUGUGUGUGUGUGUGUGCAUGAUUGUUUGUCCUGUGUGUCUCUGUGUUGCCCUGUGAUGGACUGGCUCUUUGUCCAGGGUCUACCCCGCCUGAUUGCCCAUUGACCGCUGGAGAUAGGCACCAGCCCCCAGCGACCCUACAUGGACAAGCGGGUUCAGACAAUGGAUGGAUGGAUGAAGAUAUUGUGAUCUAAGUUAUCAUAUUAAUCUUAUGGAGUUAAACAAGUGUUCGAUAAAAUCCGGCCUUGUGAAAAACCAGGAAACUGUUCUUUUUUACAUUGAGCUACAGAUUAAAUUUGUACUUUUUAAAGGGGGUGUACUCAUUUAUGCUGAGCACUGUAACUUUCAGGAAUAAUAUUACGGCCAGGUAAUAGCAGAGACCAGAGUGCUCAGCACCUCUAAUCUCCCGUUCUAAUCUCGCACAAGGCUGUAUUUAUUUCACUAGAUGACUCUGUUCUCCUGGAGCAUGAGUACGAGUUUUCUUCUCAACAAGGUCAUGGGUUUGAAGCCGACCUGAAAAAGGCUCCGUGCCCAGGCAUCCUUGAGCUAGGAGCUUGACCUCUAGCUCCACCUAGCGGCCCCAGGGGACCACUGCCCUUGGCUUUGGUAUUCACUACCGAAUGGUCUGAUUGGCUGAGGGUUUUGAACAAACGUGAGAGAUUCACCUCAUUCAGCUUUUUCAUUUCUUCAUAUAUUUACAGUGUCAGCUACACAAUGUUAGAACAUUAGAUGCAUGACAUUUUUAAGCUAAUCUGUUUUCUAUAUUAGGGAUCGCUACUUACGUUUAGUUUUUGUGCUCAGUCGUACGUUUCUAAAAUCAACUCA